AUGGUUUUCAAUUGCCAUGAUGACAAAUCCAUUGACUUGAAACCUUUUUGUUUCAUACUCAGUGUGAAAGUGAGGCCUGGUCCAGAAUUCCUCACUCGAUCCUACACAUUCUACCAAAGCCCCACACGUCUCUUCAGGGCCCUCCAACACUAUUAUUGAAGCGAGUGCCACGUCCCAACCUACUCUCUUGUGAUCAGGGGUAAACUACGGCUCCGCCAGGCCUCGUGGAUCACCCGUGGAGCCACCGAAGCAGAGCACCACCUCCAUAAAGUAGGGAUGGUCAUUCACAGUCAGAAGGCCAUCCAUCAUCUGGCGACCCGCCUGCCCUCCUCCUGCCUGGGACUCAAAGCUGAAGGACACCUGGUGCUCCAUCGCUUUUAUGAACUCUUCAGUGCCAAGCAGAGAAAGACUGUUGGGGCUCUUGGGUUCUCCAUGAUGGAGCUGGAGUUGCUGCGGGUGGAGACGCAUCAUCAUCCACACAGCAGACCGGCUCAGGAGCUGUUCUUAGGGGAAGUUCACACAGACUGGAGAAGGGUGCACUAUAGGCCAAGUGGUUACCAGGAGCCAUUGCAGAAUGCAAUGCAUCACAUCCACCCAUGCCCAGUGUGCAGCCUGGUAUAUCGAGCCUCAGAGCAGCAUCCGCCCAUUCUCCCUCCAUCCCCUUCCAUCCCUCUGAAUCUAAAUGGAAACUGGGUAAGCCAACGUUGCGAGUCCCGUCCCGCCAUCCUCUUCCUUACCCGCCUCUUUGCUUUCAACGAGGAGCAACGCACUUGGGAGGGCACAUAUCAUCACUACUCUGACCCAACAUGCCGCCAGCCUAGCUUUACACUAUCAGCAUCAGGUCAUUACGUUAAAGUAGGACAAUCCGUAAAAGUACGUGGAGCCACCGAACUCGUCUUUAAAGUGACAGGUGCAAAAGUGAUCGUGUUCGACCGGGCGUUGUUACGAGAAUUGAAUUCAACGCAAAAUGGAAGAUGUGGACAAGCAGGUGGAUGGGAAGCAGGCACUGAGCAAGACAUAACCUGGACGAAGGGUUGCGAUGCAUUGGGGAUACGACUUCCACACAAAGAGUAUGAGCUGUUUAAGAUGGAGGUGGAUCGUAAAGGUCAUCUGCUGUUAUUCAAUGGGGAAAGGCCUACGGAUGGAUCCAGCCCAGAACGACCUGCAAAAAGGCCAACGUCCUUUCAGCCACCAAUGGUGCAAUGCAGCACAAGCAUCAGGGUGGAGCCGCGCCACAGUCCCUACAGUGAUCAUUCAAAAGCACCAAAGAAAAGCUCUGCUAAUGCACUGCACUCUUCGGUGAUCCUGCUAGCGCUUCUGAAUACAUGGAUUAUUCAUCUUUUCUAAAACACGACAAGCCAUAUACAGUGUGCACAUUGUUCAAAUUCUGCCCUGUUUAUGACGGACUUACAAUCUUAAAAACUGGAGGAUCCUUCACUUAGGUGCUUCGACAAAACGCUUGCUGCAAAUGCUCUGAAAUAAGACUUUAAUCUGAAGAGAGUUUCAUUUAGCAAAAAUGUACAUAGAAAAUCUUUUUAAUCAUAUACUAUAUCUGCAUUAAUUUUAAUGUCUAUCAUGUGUUUGAUAUUUGAAUAAAGAUAAAUGGCACAUUUAAAACCCAAUUGUUCUGUAGAAUAUACAUUUACCGACAUUCCAGCAGAGUUACCGAACAAUAACAGUGAAAAGCAAACUAUGCACCAAUGGCGUGAUAUUAGGGCGGGGUUUUCUGUGUGACUGACCAAUGGGAGACUUUAGAGUUGUGGGUAUCUUUCAAAAAUAAUCAUUAUUUUGAUAAUUGGAGUGCGGAAAGGACACAUUUCAGAUUUAAAACCAAAGACAUGGGGAAUAUGGAUGGACAAUCAGAUGACUGCGAAUGAAGAAAUGAGAAUUAAUUUGAAUUGAAGCGCACAUAUGGACUACAUCGGAUAUAAACUACUCUGCAUUCUCAAGCAUUAGUCUGUUGUCUUCAAGACUUGUCUCAUUCUUCCAUCUAAUAAAUUUUAUGUAGCAUUAAUCUGUUAAUAACGGUGAGGGUGAACAUAUUUAUUGCUACCAUUAAAGUAAUUUUGAUAAGAAA